CCGAAAUAAAUUUCGUAACCCAAAAAAACAUCGUAUCCCGGAACAGUUUUUUCCAAUCUAACUUUUUCGUAUCCCGGAAAUUUCGUAACGCGAUCAAUUCGUAUCCCGGGGUACCACUGUACUGUGGCUUGAGGGUUUUUUCCACACACAGAACAUAGGCCAACUUCUGUGUUUUACUAUUAGGUUGACAAGUUUGGAGGUGAGAAUUUGAAAGAAAAGUCAGCUCCUGAGUUGUCUGGGUGCUGUAAAAAUUAUGCUAUGUGGCCAGAAAAUUCCUAGGAUGUGACAUUUGAACAAAUUCAUGAUGAGUGUCAGAGGCAUCAUCAUCAUCAUCAUCAUCACUUGGAAACAAUGUUUCAACUGUACAGUAUGGCAAAGGCCUUGGGGCUGAAGAAUGAGCUUUUCCUGCAUUCGGCUCAGUAAGAUCUGUUUCCUGCUCUCUGUUGUUGUUUGUGCAGUUCUCCUCUUGCUAAUUCCCAAAUUUAAGACCGAUUGGCGACCCAAAAGUUAUCCACAGCCACGUCCACCACUUGUUUUUAAUGGUUCCAGCAAGAGUGAUACCCCACUUCAGCAAGUGGAAUCCAGCUCAACUGAUCAUUUGGAUGAUGAGACUAACAAUAUGGUGCCCUUUAUUAAAGAUGAACUGGUAAAACAAUGGAGUAAUUAUAUCACAGAUACUAGGAGAUCCAGACUGAAAGCCACUGGUAAGAUGAAUGAGAGUCCAGUUAAUCCAUUGAACAGCAAGAUGACAAACAAUGUAGAACCUAUUGAAGUUUCUGCUAAAGAAAAGCUGGAAUUAAAUGAUGUCUUCAUUGCUGUGAAAACAACAAGGAAAUACCAUAAAACAAGGCUAAACUUGCUCUUCCAAACAUGGAUUUCUCAGGCCAAGGAACUGACGUUUAUAUUCACAGACUGGGAAGAUGGUGAACUACGUCUCAGAGCAGAGGACCAUGUAAUCAAUACCAACUGCUCAGCUGUUCACACCCGCCAAGCUUUAUGCUGCAAGAUGUCAGUAGAAUAUGAUAAAUUCCUGGAGUCUGGGCGAAAGUGGUUUUGUCAUGUGGAUGAUGACAACUAUGUGAAUGUGAAGACUCUCCUGCAUCUUCUCUCUGCUUUCUCACACAGCCAAGAUGUGUAUAUAGGGAGACCAAGUCUAGACCAUCCUAUUGAAGCAGCAGACCAUGUCCGCAAUGAUGCAUCAACUACUGCAAAAUUCUGGUUUGCCACAGGUGGUGCAGGAUUCUGUAUCAGCAGAGGCCUUGCCCUCAAGAUGAGCCCCUGGGCUAGCUUGGGAAGUUUCAUUAGCACCGCCGAAAGGAUUCGUCUCCCUGAUGAUUGCACCAUUGGCUAUAUCAUCGAAGGCCUGUUGGAAGUGAAAUUGUUGCACAGUCCCUUGUUCCACUCUCACCUGGAAAAUCUGCAGCGGUUGCGUGGUGACACUGUGCUCAAACAGAUUACUUUGAGUUAUGGUGGUCCUGAGAACAAACAUAAUGUUGUGACUGUGGAUGAAGUGUUCAGUGUACAGCAAGAUCCAACUCGAUUCAAAUCUGUCCACUGCCUCCUCUACCCUGACACUCUGUGGUGCCCCCCUCUAAUGCUGAAAUGACAGCUACCCUUCCAGAUGUAUCUUCACUUUGGCCUUUCUUUGAAUGAGCAGCUAAAGCUAUCCUUGUAGCAAAAUAACAAGGAUACAAGUCCACAGGCACGUCAGCCGUUAUUGGAAAUGAUCUUUGGAAGAAUCUCUAGUCUUGAAGUGCAGCAUAACCCAUAUCUAGGAAGCUUCUUUCCCUGCUUUUCAAAUGUCAUAGAUAUCCUGUUAGCUAAAACCUAAUCUCCGCUCUACAACAUUUAUAAAACCUCAGGAAUAAUACAGUCUGGCACUGUGGCAAUGUGGUUGAGGACUAAAUCUUUCACUAUGUCUGGAUCAAAAUAAGCUUUUGACAUUGCAAAUGUGAAAACAAAAAUCGUCACUUCAGAAUGAUGCAAGCCUGUUCAUUCUGCUUCAGCAUCUGUAUCUUUGUGAAACCAUAUUUGUAAAGAGUAGACUUCUCCUCUGCUUGUGCAUAUAAGAUGGACCAUUAUCUACAGAAGACAUAUAUCCCAAACUAUCAUUUUCUCUGCUCUAGGUUAUAGCAGAACCUAUUGUUUAUAUGUUUUUUAAAAGCCAUCUUAUGUGUAAAUUCAAUAUCAUUCUUUUGUCUAAAAAGAUAUCUGUCCACAAACCCUCCAUUUUCAAGUCCCAAAUUGAUUUGUCUUGGAUACUCCAUGCCCUAACCACUAACUGUUUCAAAAUUGUUGAAAUCCAUAUCUAUAUUGGCUAGACCAGUGUAUGCUUCUUGGUUUUUAUAUUGCAUCUGGUUGCCAUAUCUUGGUGCAUCUCCCAAUCAAUAUGCUGGAAUAUGGGAAGUACAAAUAUUAGUAAACUCAUGUUCAAGGAGAUGGGUAACCAUUAAAAGAUUUAAGGGCCUUUUACCUCUUAUAACUGGAUGAACUUUAUAAAAAAAAAGUGCUUCUGAGGCCCAAACUGAGAAUGAGUUAUACUUGUAUAACUAACCUUGAGCCAGCAUAGAGUGCACAUAAUCACUGUACAGGACUGGUGUAACCCUUCUUGUUAAUAUCAUAGCAGCUUUCACCAAAAAAAAAAAAAGGGGGGGGACAAGGUUUGCAUUUGGGAAUGUGACAAGGUAAUACUGUGUGCCACAGUCCCAAGAUAAAAUAAACACUAGUUGAUAAGUUGACAGGCUGUUAAUAGAUGUUUUACAGAAUUUGUACCACUUCUGUCACCAUUUAAAAAAAAAGAUGUAACCAUGGGUGAUGAUCUGACCCCUGAAAUGAGGAUAUUUUGGGCGGCAUCCUUUUACAGACACAUGUAAGUUUCCCUGAUGAUGACAGUGCUGAGGUCUGUCAGCAUCCUCUGGUCUCAGUGCUGCUGCAAUCAUUUGGUAUCUGGUUAUGGGGACAUAGGCAGAAAGCCCUACAGUUUUGCCCACUCCCCAGGAACCACAGAAUGGCUGUGUAGGGGGGCUUCAGAGUCAGAAGGUGGCAUCUGACGCAGUCUAGCAUAGGUCUGCAUGUAGACCUGUUACGCUAUGCCGAGCCAUACAGGAUUAUGGCCUUGGAGUGUGAAAUCUUAAGGAAGUACUGGAAAUGUUUUGGAAAACACUAAGUAAGUAACUCUAGUAGUGAUGGAGGAAGUGUAAGCCCCUUGAUCAAACUAAUUCUUUCACUAAGAAGGAACUAUAACCCUUACCUUAAAUGUUUGUUUUGGAAGCUUUUGUGUCCAGGAGGCCUAAUAUAUCACUGAGGAGCAUGGCUACCAGAUGUGCUGGAAUAUUUCAAGAUCCAAGAUAACAGUUAUUAUUACGGUUCCUAGUGUACUGAUUGGCAGUACACUUGAUAUGGUUCCUUUUGAAUCCUGUGACAGAAGCUGCAUAUACUGUUAUCUGUAUGCCAAGACAUUCCUGUUAUAGUUGCUGCAUCCUUCAUUUUCCAAAAUGGUUACUAGAGCAGGGUGCACAACUGUGAUGUGAUGUAACUUUCACCCCUGUUCUCCGGUAACAAGCAAAACUGUCCUAUUUUUUGUGAAAAUCUGCAAUCAGAAGUUACUUCCAUUGUGAUUUUGGUUUUCUUGGAGGCAGGUUAAGUGUGCUUAGGAUGUUUUAACCAAACUGCUGUUUCUGGAAUCCUGCCAGAGCGGCAAUUAAUUUGCAGGGGAGAAUUUUAACCUGGAAAAUUCAGUGUUGGGUUGUACUUUCCCCACCCUGACCUAGAAGAUGAAACAGGAAGUGUAUUUGCUUGUCUUUUGUGAGGCAUAAGAGGAUAUGAGAGUGCAGCAUGCAAGCUGACAUAAAAUUUGCAGAGGAUUUUCCCAUUUUAGAGCCCUGAUAGCAGAAAAUGCUGGAGAACAUGGAGAACUAUUACAAAGAUAAUCAAUAGUUGAGAGUAGCUUCUGUUCAGUGGUUGUCUCUUUCUUUUGGAUAUCUGCUCCUGCUACUGUUCAGCUAUGUAUCUCUUCCUUAUAAAUACCUCCCACUUCUUUUUGUUCAUUCUCGUCUCUGCUUAUACCAAAAAAUAAUAAUAAUCAUGUUUCAGUAAAAAUUCAGAUUUGGUAAAACCAAUAUCAUGCCAAUUAGUUUCAAGCACAAUUGCACGAUUAAUUCUGAAUGAACAAACUGGUUUCCUUGGCACAUAAUUUUGCAUUUGAGAUUAUAGAUUAUACCUGGUUUUUGUCAGUGCAGAGCACUGACCCAAAGUGAAGUUUUAAACUGUUUGUUUGUGUGUGUUUAGUGUAUUGCAGCCUCUGCUUCCAUAAAUGAAUGCCGGAGCAUUCUCAAUUAUGCUACUAUCACUUUUCAGAAAUAAAUAUUUGUUCAAGCAUAUAAUUCUCUUUUUAUCUAU